CAUAUGUUGGUCGAGAGAUGGCGAGUAUCUCUUGACGACCAGCUCCGAUCAGACAACAAGGCUAUUCACGGCUACGACCUCAGUUGCAUCGAUAACAUCACUCCGACGCAGUUCAUCAGUGGCGCCGAUGAAAAACUUCUUCGUGUGUUUGAUGAACCCAAGGGAGUCGCUGAAAUCCUGCAGAAGCUUUGCAAGAUAGAUACUCAAGCUAGCAGCUCAUCACUCCCAGACGCUGCAAAUAUCCCCGUCCUCGGUCUUUCCAACAAAGCCAUCACAGCCGUCAGCGACGAGGCCUUCACAUCAACCACCGAAGACGCUGAUUCAAAUACCCACAACACGACACAAGAUCCCAACGUAUCCUCUGACCCCAUUGACCCUUCAUCCAUUGUCCGCAAAUCCACCCUAGACAUAAACCAUCCACCCUUCGAAGACCACCUCGCGCGCCAUCUGCUAUGGCCUGAAACUGAGAAGCUCUAUGGUCACGGCUACGAAAUCUCAGCAGUCGCUGUAUCGCGGUCAGGCGACCUCGUCGCAACAGCGUGCCGCGCCAGCUCGCUCGACCACGCUGUGAUACGAGUCUACUCAACGCGCGAGUGGGAAGAAGUCGGAGCACCCCUGAAAGCACACACGCUGACAGUCACGGCCUUGGCAUUCUCUAGCGAUGACAAAUAUCUACUAAGCGUCGGACGUGAUCGACAGUGGGUACUAUGGGAGCGAGAAAUCAACAACUCUAACGGGGAACCGGUCGAAGAAGCUACAAACAAAUCUAGUCAGAAUGGAGGGUCGUAUAAACUGAAACUCGCCAAUCCGAAAGGCCACUCACGCAUGAUUCUCGAUGCGGCUUGGGCGCCCAGAAAUACGUCCUCAGAAGAUUCAUUGUCGCCACCUACCUUCCUUACCGCUGGCCGCGACAAAUCAGUCAAGAUAUGGCAGAUUGCACCGUCAGGUGAAGUGGACCUCAAAGCCACCGUUACCGCCAGUGUAUCUGUGACCGCUGUCGCAUGUCCACCUUCCCUCUCAUCUCCCGGUCGCUUCACCUUCGCGUAUGGAACAGAGGGCGGCGAGCUCAGUAUUGUUUCUUCUACUACCGACAUGGACAGUCUAAGUAGUGAGACUCUUGUGGUGAGUAAGGUGCCGAGUGAAGUAGCGCCCGUGAAGGCGAUCACGGCGAUUAGAUGGAGGCCGCGUCAUGGCACUAGGGGAGGUUCUGGGGAGCAGAUCGCGGUCGCGAGUGAGGAUGCUACGGUCAGGUUUUUUGAUGUUAAUAUAGAGUAA